AUGAAAUACGCGAACCUGGUACUCUCCUUGGCCAGCAUGUCGUGGGCAGCCGCCUGCGGUAGCCUAACCCUCACAAGCCAAUUGGACAUUGAUACACAGGCCUCCUGUUCCACUGUCAACGGCGACGUCAAGAUCUCCUCCGAGUAUGUGGGCACAUUGAAUCUUGCGGGAGUGGAAACCGUUACUGGGGCUGUGAAUGGCGCUGGUCUCCAUUCUCUUUCGUCUAUUAAUUUCCCGGACUUGAAACUCGUUGCGGGUAGUAUCAACCUAACUGGCAGUUUUAACGAUCUCUCUAUACCUUCGUUGGAGAACGUUAACGGCGGCUUUAAGGUUAUUAGCACUAAAAACAUUACCUGCGCUACCUGGACCAAGAUGGAAGAUUAUAAAAGAAUUCGUGGUAAAUAUGAAUGCAGAGCGCUUGCGCCUCAGGAAUCGAUGCAUUAG